GAAUGAUUUUCAAAAUAUGGAAAUUUCAUCGCCAUUCUAAUUAAGCCACUGCGCAUAUUUUCUCGUACCUUUUCAACGUAGUCACAUUUUCAUAGUAGUUUCAUAUAUAUAGCUAGACAGCAACAGGAGUGUUACAUUAAUUAACUACCUUCAACUUCAAAACCAAAGCUUAAGCUGAUAUAUAUUGACCAAUAUAGAGUCAACCACAUUUAUAGAGUUGGUCUUUCUUAUGACUAUUAUACUUAAACCUGGCUGGCUGCUUCUUUAUGAAAUAAAUAUAUACGACCUUCAUUUCCUCUAUUUUCCUCCAUCACCAUACCAAUUCUUCUCUCGGCUUAAUUAUUUUUCACUUUCUUUCAAUUAUAAUCUUGAAUUCUCUAAGAACUUGUGAUUACAUAUAUAAAAGCUUAUUUGAUAUAUGAUAGACACGCACAUGAAGAUUUGUAGAUGUUCUUGGGCUUGUUUUGCUUUGUGGGUUUCUGGUACGGUUUCUACAGUUGCAUGCAGCUUGUUUAUUGCUAUCUCUGCAUUCGUAUUUGCAGUUGUUGGGACAACCGUGGGAGGCAUUUCUGGAGGUUUGGUUGGAGUGAAAACAAAGAGCGGGUUUGUUCAUGGAGCUUCAGUUGGGAGCAUUAUGGGUUGUAUUCUCUCGGCUCAACUCUUUCGAGUAUGGUUUGAUGUUUGGGAUAAUGAUGACUCUGCUAUCGCUGCUUUCAUUUCUUUGAUUGAUAACGCUUCAAACCGCCUCAAAGAAAUACUCGUUCAAGGAAGACAUAGUCCAACCAUUCAUGGUCUUCAAAAGGAUCAGGGAGAAGAUGCUGCUCACAUACUGCACAAUGAGGUUCACAGGACACGGAAAAUUUCAAAAGUUUUACUCACAGACAAAAACACCGCAGACGUCCUACGGAAUGAAUCAUGCUGUCCAAUCUGUCUUCAGGACUUCCAAUUGGGAGAAACAGCUUGUAUCUUGCCCCAUUGCUGCCACACUUUUCAUCUACCGUGUAUUCGUAAAUGGUUUAUCGCACAUAGUUCUUGCCCAUUGUGCAGAACAAGAGUAUCAAGAUCAUGGAUUUCCAAGAUAUGUAAAAUCACCACAGAUAUGCAAAAUGUAAGCUAGGGGCAGCUUGCAUUAUGCAACAAUUAUUUGAUUCUUUUAUUGUAAUUAGACACAACUUAGAAGUAGAAUCAUACAAUUUCCACAAA